UAUGGCAGGAAGAAGUUCACACGAUAGAUAUGGCGGUGAGAGGUCCCGUAAGCCGUUGCCGACGGAACCACCGUUCCUGGCGUACGUUGGCAAUCUUCCGCACGGCAUCGUGCAGGGCGAUAUCAACAACAUCUUCAAGGACUAUGCGGUGAAGAGCGUGCGUUUGGUGAAGGACAAGGAAACGGACGUUUUCAAGGGCUUCUGCUACGUGGAGUUCGAAACGCUGGAGCACCUGCAGAAGGUUCUGGAGCUGGACGGUUGUAUUAUGCUGAACGAGCGACCCGAGAUGCUUAAGAUUGAUGUUGCGGAGCAAAAGAAAAACGAUCGCGGUGGAUUCAAUAAGCGUGGUGGCCAACAAAACCGUGGUGGACCAGGUGGUGGUGGCGGCAGCAGCGGCGGCGGCUUCAAUCGUGGCGGUCCGAACCAAUCGAACAACCGGCCACCGAUUGGCCAGGAUAGGAACUACGGUAAUGAUAACUAUGGCAGAAACGAUUACGACAGAAAUCGCGGUGGACGAUCCAAUAAUUACAACGGAGAUCGAGGACCUAACCGAGGGAGGUACGGCAACUUUGGCGACGAGCGAGAUGGUGGUGGUCGCGAAGAUUGGAACCGCGAUCAAGAUCGAGAUGGGCGCGGUGGUGGUCCCGGUCGUUACAAUGAUCGGGAUGGUGGUGGUGGUGGUGGCGCCGGCACCGGCGGUCACUUCGGUGGUCGCGGUGGCGAAGACAAUAGAUACGGCAACUACGGUCGGAACAACCAAUACCGGGACAACGAUCGAAGAAAAGACGUCGCCCCAAGCUACACUCCGUCCCCCAAUCCCAAUCUCAACAUGGAGGAAAGGCCCCGCCUAAAGCUGGCUCCACGAUCGGUGAAUGCACCGCUGAACUCGCUGGCAGAAACCAAGCAGGCUUCGGCCAUCUUCGGAAAUGCGAAACCGCGCGAGGAGAAAGUCGGUGCCGAUGGCUACACCCGAAAACACGCCAAUAGUGUUGGCAGUGAGGGCAGCGUGGAUGGCGGGGGUGGGGCCGGUACCAGCAGCAACAGCAGCAUGGGAUCCGGUGGCGGUGCCAACAGUAAUUCUGUUGCGGCAGCAGACAAUUGAACUACAAAACCGGGCAUUGAAACAUGAAAAGCAACGAUGAAACCAAGAGAAUAGAGAGACCGAGAGAAUGUGAGAAUGACAGAAUGAGAGAGAAAAAGAGCGUGAGAGAGAGAGAGAGAGAGACAAAGGUCAAUCAGCGAUCAGAGGACGACACACACACAAACAAGCAUAAUAAUUCACAAAAGUAUAAAAGUUCAAAAUCCAGCAAACGAAACAGCAAACAUGGGCCAUUCUCCCUCCCCAGGCACGGAUACGAUCAGACGAUCCAGAUACAUUAAAUGUUAGAUAACAAGUGGUUCCCCUCGCCAGUUUCUUUAAGUUCUUCUGACCAUCGCUCGUUCGUACGGGCAAUCCUUGGGAAUAGGUUUGUCUUCCCUAUUUUCUUUCGCCCUUAGACGGCAUAUCCUUGAUUCCGGAAUCGCUACACUACAUAGAAAUCCCUCGGUUAGAAUGUAGGUUCCUGUACGCGGCCCGUUUGUCGUUUUCUCGUUUGUUUUCUGUAGCCACUUUACCCAUCGGUACACGUUCUGGUUGUUGUGUAUGUGUGUAAAGUUUAUGUUUCAUUAUUUGUAAAAUGCCGCUCUAAUGUAAAAGUUUGUUUCAUUAGAUCAAAAUGGAAUAUAUUUAUACACUUUACCUUCCGAUUGCUUUCUUCCUUUCCGGAUUCCGGGUUUUCCCCGGACCCACAUUUACCACUUGGCCCCUUUUUGUUGCCGUUAACGAAGUCGAACGAACUUUUGAAAUGUGUCUCUUUUUUGUCACGACUGCUGUGAAUUCAUUUCACCGAGUAUUGAGACAUUCUCAGCAAGCCGUGCGUUCGAUUUGACGGUUACUCAGACUCACGGGGAGCCGAACAGCACCUCCCGAAAGCAGAUACUGAUUCCAAUAAAAGUGAAAACGAAUAAAAAAAAGUAUCGCUUCGCGUUACGCGUUUGAGUCUUGAACCACCGUAAUCUCAUCCGAUAGGAGGAGAAUGUAUGACGAUAGAUUCUUUCGCGAGGACUGUUCACCAACAGGAACUGAUGAUCGACCGAUCGGCAUAAACGCCCUGAUCAGCCCUUGAUGUUUCGCUAAGCACAUGUUGAGCAGAGACGAUGGCUGACUUUUGUCCCAAGCAAUAGUCGAAGGAAAUUAACAUUUAAAAAACUAACCCGGAGUAAUAGCAAACCUAGCAAAGACCGCUUAAGGCUCCGCCACAGGGCAAGGGGAAUUUUGGGAGAUGACAACUGCAGGUUCUCUUCAGCCAAGCCGCUGGCAAGCCUCCCGCGCACAGGAAUGAUAGCUUGAGGGACGAGAUUGACUAAUAAUUUUAUCCUUUCAUUUGUACGCUUUUUUCUACGAUUUAAUACUAGCAUCCAACGGAGAGACAAAACGGAUUAUGAACAAAAUACAAACGAUAAUGAUAAUAACAAUUAAUAUAUAUAUUAUACUACACGGUAAUGAUAACAUAGUACGACGACCGUGGACAGUCCUCUAUAUGGUUCUGACUGAAGGACAACACGCGAAACAAAACACGGUACCAACAGCAAACCGCGCGCCGCAACGGACACAAUGGAUGGUCGUUUGCUAGUACCACGCAGUCUGUCUAACUCACACUCACAAUUUCAUUGCAAACUGAGCACCCUUUACUCCCUUAAUCGAUAUAAUUGUUUUGCAAAUGUAAUUGUUGUGUACAACGGAUGCUUAGGAAGAUACAACUAAAGUGUGAAAAUCAUAGGAAAAACUCGUUCUCCAAUUGAAGUUUUGCGCUCUCCAGAGGCACAUUGGAUGGAAAGGUUACCGAGUGUUGGGUUCAUGGGUUUACAUUGAACGGACGAUCGGUUUUUGCAGUAUUUCUACGUAACGUCAGCAGCGAUUCGAGAAGUGGGUGAUCGAGCGUUCGUUUUUAUGUUAUGCGUGAUUUGAAUUAGGACGCACACGGUUAAAACAAGCAGCCUCUUGCAGGCCUGUGGUGGCUAACCGAUGCACGAUUUACUCUCAGACGAAAACGCAAAAGACAAACGGCCGCGACAAGCGAAGGCUAACGAGCGGUUUAUCGCAGGAAAUAAUACACCGGAUCAUGCUUGAAAACACUUUGUCUGAAACCAUACUUCUACUGUGUCGAUCGUUGUCGAUGUAAAUGAUCUGUUUCAACUCAGGCUCAUGAAAUUCUCGUUUGUAAGGAUUUUGCUUUUCCUAUGUUUGUUUAUCCUUUACUUUGCGAUUAGCAUAUAUUCGUAUGUUGCGUUGUAAAGCGGUAAAGCCAGCAGCAGCCGCAUAAGGUUGUUUGAAGUUUGCGCAUCAGCACCACGGGGAGCAGAAAGUAGUAGAAUGAUAAUGUCUGAGAAGUAGCGCUUUUGGACAUUUCCUAAUACCUCAUAAGUUCUGCUGAACGAGAUGCUGUAUGCGUUGCGUUAUUAUUGAGAAAAGCUGGAAUCAAAAUGCUUCUGUCGAAACCAUAUAUCCUUAGCCAAACGUAACACGUGUUUAAUAUGGUUUGAUUAUGUUUGUGUGAUGGCUUAAAUGAGUAUAUUCAGCGUGAAUCAUUUAACCGACAACACUCUGUACCCGAAUUGAUAGAGAAUUAUUAAAAUGCUUGUUUGUUUUCGUCUUUGAAACAAAACCCGUGCCGGAGGCUAUGUGAAACAAAACCAUGUGCAGCAUUAGUUCCAGCAAAAUGUAGAGAAGCAAAGAAGAUGAAUGAAUGUCGCCUCUGCCGAGACCGCGAGAUUUUAUCGGCCGGCUUGAAAACCAAACAAUUCUAGGCUGGGAAAGAGAAGAGAAAAAUUACUCGCCCCAAGGCGGUGGCAAUUGAAGCGGAAUGAAUGAGAGUGCGUGAGCAAGCAGAACGAAAUAAAAUACUGUACCGGUGGAACUACAAUUGAACCCGACUACAGAAAUACCCUUUCCUCCGCCAGACCCCCAAAAAAAUAACUGCAAACUGUGAAAGUUGUAAAAAUAGUAAGACAUAUUAAAUACUAUCCCUCUUUGAUAUAAGUGUUGUUGAAGAGAGGCAAAACAGUGGCGCAGGCAAAUGCGAAUGGAAAAUGAACAAAAAAUCGAAAAAUGUCCCCCAAAAAACCUUAAAAAAACUCUGUUCACUGGCUGGUGGUAACCGAAAAAACGGUAGCAAAGCAAAAAAUG